GCCGAGAGAGAGCGGCGAAUGGCCGAGGCACUGAUGCUGGAGAGGCACAUCAUGCAGGCUCGGGCACGCUCCAUGGCCGCUGAUGAACGAGAGCUCAACAAAGCAGCCGAGGGCUGCGAUAUCUACCACGACUUGGGACUGCCUCCAGUGGAACCCAACUUGGAAAACUAUCUUGGACAGCGAUUUGCUUCGCAAGCACGGCCUGAUAGUACCAGAGGACUAUUCCACAGCCGAACCCCCACCCACAGAUGCACCAAAAGCCAGGAGAAAACCAAGAUACGCCGAAGCCACCGAUGCGUCCAACGUCCGAGUUCACCACACGGAGGAUGAGUUCCACAUCCAUGAGGGAGGCGGCAAGGAGACGCCGGGAAGCCAAGCUGACCUGUUUUUAUCCAAGGGUUCAGGCAAGCCCUGGCAGGGCAUGGCCUCGCCCCAGACCAGGGAGCGUCACCGCACCGACCUGGCCAUGGUGCACAGCAAGGCAGACUUCCUGCGCAACCCCCGCCACCGCCCGCCCUCCACCCUGGCUGGCGGCAAGACGCUGGUCAAGCCCAACACGGUGGUGCACAAGCUGGGCGGGGCCAAGUCCAAGGUCGCGGACACGGUCCAAAAGGAGCCGUCCGUCGUCUUCCUUGCCAACCCAUCCACUGUGGUAUUUACCGAAUACCAAGUCGGACGUGUCUAUGAACUUCCGCUCGAGUUGAAGAAUGUCUCUGCGGCAAGUCGACCAUUACGAGUCAUCCCUCCAAAGACACAGUUCUUCUGUGUCGGGCUGGGCAAGUUCCCCGGUGAGCAGGGUAUCGUGGCCCCGGGCAUGAGCUGUCAGUACAGUAUCCGCUUCAUGCCCGACUCCCUCAUGGAUUUUGACGACGAGGUCAUCGUCCAAACCCAGUCCAGUCAGCCACUGGUGGUCCGGCUCCAGGGAAGACGACCGCCUCCCGUUUUAUCCUUGUCCAGCGACGUGGAGUGCGGCCACUGCCUGGUCGGGGGCAAGCGCACGGUCCAGUUUCUGGUCAAGAACGAGGGGGGCAGUGGUCGCUUUUGCCUUAUGCCCCGCGAGAGCUGGCCGACCACAAACUUCAAGUCUGCCACCAACAUUGACAAAGUGGACUUGGCGCCAUUCGUCAUCCAGCCGGCCAUCUUUGAACUUCUCGCCGGCCAGACCAUCCCCAUCCAGGUGACGUUCACACCAACAUCGGUGAAACACUUCGCUCGUGAUCUGACGAUGGUCUGUGAUAACUGCACAGUGAAGCAUUUCACUUUGAAAGGCGAGGGCCAGACAGCAGGGGUGGAGUUAGCUGCGGUGAGUGAUGGUGGGGAGAGGCAACCCGCCCCAGGGGAGUUGUGUGAUGUCACGGCCCAGCACCAGAUCCGAUUCGACCCCAUCAACCCCAUGACCUUCACCACCAAGCAGCUGACCAUCAAAAACACUACGAACGUGGAACUGCCCUUCCAUUGGGAGAUGCUGAGGCCCCACUUUGAGUGCCCCGUUCAAGAGGAGGAGAGCGGAGAAGUCUUGGGGGGAGGCGCCAUCCAGCGACUGAAGGACGAGACUAACACCUUCUGCAUCAACCCGGACAAAGGGGUGCUGCCUCCCCAGGGGGUGUGCAAGGCUACGGUGGCAUAUGCCCCCACCGAAAUUGGCCCCUCCCACAGCGUCCUCCACCUUGUCCUCAGGGAGGUGCCCAAGGACCGCCAGCUCUCAGCCACGUCCUCCAAGAGCGACAACGGUCGGGAGGAGGAGCUGACGCCCAACGGCCGCUCGGCACGGCGCAGUGGGGCGGUACAGGUCUCGGACAUAGUCGGCUUGGAGGUUGAGCUGAAGGGAGAUUGCGAGGAAUUCCGAGUGACCAUCGAACCCUACGCUAUCUUUGUUCCUGGAAAACUGCUGAUGUCCACCACCAUCAGAAAACCAUUUAAGAUGAUCAACCACAGCAAGUUCCCCGCCUACUUCACCUGGACCAAUCACAGCGCAGGCCACAUCAUCGAGGUGGAGACCCCCCAGGGCAGCAUCGCGCCCGAGUCCAGCGUGGAGCUGGAGCUGGCCGUCUCGGGGGCGCGGCCGGGCCGCAUCGACCAAACCCUACGGUGUCGCAUCCAGCACCAGGAGCGCACGCUGCCCCUGCGGGUGGUGGCUGACAUCGGGGGACCUCGGGUGCUCAUCGACACCCCGGCUGUGGACUUCGGCCUGGUGCGGUUCGGAGAGACCUCAGCCAAGGAGCUUCAUCUGCGGAAUGCAUCCCAAGUGGCAGCAUCCUGGCAUCUGGAAGAAAGUGAAGAGUUUAAGCUGAGAGACCUCCAAACUGGAGAGACCAUCUCUGAGUUCACAUUGACACCCUCCUGCGGCGACCACCUUCCUCCGCUCGGGUCAAAGAUCAUCAAGGUCACAUUCAAGCCUGUCCAGUGCCGCCGGAUUCAGAGCGUGUUUGAGUGCAAAGUCACCGACGGGAACAACAGUUUUAUUGGGGUCCGUGCUGAUGUACAACACCCUCAGGCCUGCCUGGCAUCCUGUCAACUGACCAUGGAUGAGGUCUACGUUGGUGUGCCAAUAACCAGGGAAGUGACCAUCGUCAACCAGACGCUACUGGCCGCCAAUUUCUGCUGGCAAGAGCCGCAAGGUUCUCAGGCUGAAAAGUGCCGGGUGACCUUUGACCCGCACCAGGGACGUCUCCAACCCAGAGAGAAUUUGAAAGUUGCCGUCACAUUUGUGGCCAACACACAGGGUUUGCUUGACAACGUGAAGAUUCCAUGUUACAUCGAGGGGAUGGUUGCCCCACUGGUCCUGGGUCUGUUCACCGAUGUGAGGGGUCUCACCCUGACCUAUAAGACCCCCAACCCGGACAGCGAACAAGGGGAAGAUAAUCUGUUGUUGGACUUUGGCAAAAAGGUGGAGCUCGGCUCCACCCCCAGCCGGGUAGUUCAUGUCACCAACCACACAGCCAUCACCGCACCCUUUCACAUCAUCCUGGAGCAUUUCGGAUCGGCUAAGCCCCCCACGCCACCGGACAAGGACAAAGAGGCCAAGGAUUCCUCCAAGAGACGUGGUUUGCUGAAUCGUACUUCCAACCUGGCUGACCCACAGAGCCGCACUCCCUCCCAGAUCCAGGCGGACUACGCCAAGGCCGUGCUGCGCGAUGACCGCGGCGCAGCGUUGGUCGUGUCCCCAGCCUCUGGCGUGCUGGAGCCGUUCUCGGAGCUGGAGGUGCGAGUGACGGCGUUCAGCGACAUGUGGGGGCGCUACACGGACAACCUCAUCUGCAAGGUGGCAGAUUUGCCCCCAGUUGUAAUCCCUGUGGUCAUGACGGUCACUGGGUGUCCACUCUGUUUCUCCAUGGCCACUCUCAAGGGUCAGCUUCCUAUUGUGAGAUUUGGGACGCACGUGGCCGGCCUACCUCCGGUCCACCGACCCCUGAAGAUAAGAAACAACAGCCCCUGUGAUAUCCGACUGGACUGGCAGAUCUUCAACCUGGUGGAAAACGAUUCCAAGCUUCUUGACCUAAUCAUCAACAUCGGGGAACCCUUCCCCCUCCAGGAUAAGAACGGCGAGGAGAUAGUGCCCAAUGCUGCUCUGCCUGCCGCUAUUGAAAUAGCAGAGGGAGGUGGCAGCAGUUCGACAGCCACCGAGUCGACCACGCAGCCGGGUCUGCUGCAGAAGGUCACAGAGGAGUUGGAGAGCAGCUGCCAGGAAGGCCUCGGGUCGGAGGCCAGAGGUCAGAUGAUAAAAGUUGUCAUGCGAGAGCAUGAAGGUGAACCGGCCGAGAACGGACCAUUCACUGUCAGCGACAAACAGAUGGUUAUUCCAGCCCGCGGCAGCCUGCAGAUGGCCGCCUCCUUCAACCCACGGAUGAACUCGAUGACUCUGAGGGGGGCCGACUGGAUCGGUUACGGCCUGGGCUUCAUGAGUCUGGACAGCGAGGGGGAUAGACAGGUCACAGGGAAGGUGUCACGUCCACAGGGCUACGAGAUGAUGCCACUGCGGUUGGAUUUCACAGCCUACCUGAAGCCGGCUCUGUUGACGGUUGAAACGGCUGAUGACGAGGGCAUGCACUACCAUACAGCAGCGAGUGACCUCUUGGACCCCCAGGACCGGGCUCGUUUCCGAUCCCCCUCCAGCAAGAGCCGGGCGGCCAACCUGACCAAUGCCACCCAGACGCCGCUGACCUUCCGUCUGGUCACCCCAAGGCCGUUUGAGCUGCUCAGCACCGAGCCAGGAUCUGGGAACCAGUCGUCACGCUCGGCAGCAACCAGCUGUCCCAUCAAGAACCAGUCGGCCGUGUGCCGGGGCGAGCAGAUGCUGGGCCUCCCACCCCAGAAGAAUCUCCAGAUAAAGGUUGCUUUCCACCUAACGAGGGAACUCCUGGAGAAAUGCCUGAGCAAGCUGCGAGUCGGCCAGGAGAUUCUCGGGGUUCGGCUGACGCAGUACGAAGACGAACGCCGACUGAUCAUCAACCAGGACCUGCUGAUAGAGUACAGCAACAACGCCGUCCAGAAACUGCCGCUGUAUGCCAUGGUGGUCAUACCAUCCAUCCGAGUGACCCCUUCCCAGCUGGACUUUGGCACCUGCCUGGUGACCCAGCAGCGAGAGCUUGAAGUGACCAUCAGUAACCCAACUGGUUCGGCCAGCUACUGGACGGUGGUCUCUGACCCCCAGCAGCAAGCAGAGGAACUGUUCCGAGUUGUCCCAUCCGCCGGUUUGCUGGAGGCUCACGUCACGCAUGUCUCCCGUAGCAAAAUGAUCCUCAAAGUUCACUUUACGGCCAGGCAUAAUGUGGCCUACAGGGGCAAAUUCAUCUUCCAAGGCAUGCUGGGAGAGACCCCUCAAGAGCUGGAGGUCAGAGGUCAAGGGUCAUAUGACAGCCGGCACGAAGCCUUGGUCGACGUGUAACAAGCUGACCUCAACAGAGCUCUAUGGCUAGAUACAAACAUUGUGGCUGCAGCUGACUUUUACGCACACCUCAGUGGGAAGUGAUUGCAGCCGCUCCUCGGUGGCUACCAUGGACAAAGCUUGUUAUUGCAGUCUCCUUGAGGUUGUUUGUCCCUAAACGGCUAGCCACACUAGUUUUCUUGUACUCGACCUCUAUACUUUGUGAUCAAAGGUCAAAACGCUACUGGUAUGUAAAUCAACUUGACAAAAAUAAGAGAGCAGCGAUGAAAUUUCUGAUUAAAAAAAAAAUCAGCUCAUCACAAGCAAUUUUGAAACAGUUUUUAACAAGUGAUACUUAAAUUUUCUCUGUGUACAAAAAUUAGGGUACAGGAGUUUACAUGCCCUGGUACAUGAACAUAACUCUUUUGAGGAAAAAAAAAGCUCACAAAUUUUUUGAAGAGUGAUUUUAUCCCGAGAUGUAUAUACGUACUGUCUGUAAUCACAUACUGUCUCAUUGGUGGCACUCUAACGUCUCCCAAGCUGACGAUCUUUGAGAAGUGCGUGAGCAAGUUGUGGUUUUUUUACUUUUUGGCUUUCCACCAAUCAGUCAGCUGGAACAGCAACAUUCCAGAGAAUCCCAUAACUUCAGUAUGGCAGAAAGAACAAAUAAAAGUGUAUUGUUGUUCACACUUUG